UAUUAUGUAAGAAGAAAAUUGAGGAAAUAAUUAUGCACAAAUAUUAUGAAAAACUUGCGUCUACCUUUCUCUAAAACGUUAAAAACAUGCUUAAAGACAAUAUUGAUAAAGUAUUGAUAAAAACGUAUAAGAAAACUGGAUGUAUAUUUCCUCACUUUCCUGAAUUUAAUCGCUAGGAUUUAAUUGCGUGCUAUAAUUGUAUAAUUGAUCGACAAGGAACGAUUAUUGGCAGGAAACGAAAUCUUUCCUGUUCGUUAAAUAAGUAAGCUCUCCAUUGAUUUCCCCUGGCAUUUGGGAGGAAAGGUCAUUGCUGGGGAAUAAACUGGGGAGGCUGCGGUUCAGGUUCAAGGUCGGUUGGAGCAGAAAGCGAGAAGCGCACGUUCCUCGAGCGGGGAAAUGGGGAAGAUGCGGUCGAUGAUGGAAAAGCUCGUUCUCACUCGGCACUAAUACUUCUCACACAAACGCAGCUAUGGCGUGUAGGUGGUAAUAAUAUUGAUGAAACAUUGAAAUAUAGUCUAUAUGGACUUAAUGACCAGUGAUGCACAAAUAAAUGCAUUAAUCGACUUUGCAGACAAGCGAUUUUUUUUCUUUCCCCACUUCUAAAUGAAAUCCUGGGUACGCCCAUGCUUACGCGUUAGUCGGACAAUAUUACACAGAAAGAAUAAUUUUACUGAAGUAUGCGGAAAUUGAAUCAGCCAUGGAUCUAAAAAUAAUUAUGCUGGACGUUGAAUACGACAACGCUGCAAAAGUUUUAACAUUCUAGUUGAUCAUGCAAUAUAAAAUUAUUUAGAAGCUCCAACAUUAUAUUUAAGUCUGUGCCUACUAAAAUUUUUAGAUACUUGAGCAAAAUUAUUUUUUCCGUGUACAGUAGUACCUUUCCGGAUUCCAUCUAUUUUUUUCUCUUUCUCCCUGUUGACAAUGAUCGAUAAUACAUGUACGACUUAAGCCUAGGUGACGUCGAUUCGGUCCAGCAAUUCUUGUCACUAUCUCUCUCAUCACUACCUACUACCUAUUAUUCUGCACCAUCAGCUGAGUCUUUCCCACCUGCAGAAAUCUCUCCUACCCUUAAUGCACGUUUUUUAUCUUUCUUUCUUUCUUUCUUUUGUCCCCGGUCUCUGUUCCACUCGAGUUCUUGUAUCCCAGAUUUCACGGUCGAUUGACACUUGUUGCGCCCGCUGGCCUUUGUCAAUCAUCUGCACGUUUUCCUAUAAUACAUUUGAUUCCAAAUGUGUCGAGAGGCAAUUAUACUUUUUUUCGUUUAAGGGAGAUCAGGUCAAAAUGCAGGAUAACUUUUUUCUAAACCCAUAACUUAUUGUAAUUAAUUUGUUAGCUGCAAUUCUUCAGUCAAUUGUUAUCGGUGAAAUUAAUAAAAUCCAGAAUUAAUGGCAUUAUUAAAAUCAGGAAGGUUGUAAAUUCGACAUUCUUUCUUAAAAAUCUUUAUUAGGACAUUCGAAAUCUUGGCAGGAUUUAUAUAUUUCUUAUUUUUUUCUUAAUAUAUCAAGGAUUAAUUUAAAUCAUUAAAAAUACGCUCAAAGAUAUGUGUUGACUGUUAGCUAGAAAUUAGUUUACAUGAAAGGAAAUGGAAAAUCCUGAGAUCAUGAUAAAUCGAAUGAAUGGUGGAACGGUAGGGGAAAAAAGAAAAAUGAAAGGAUUGCUCUCUCGAUUGAGCGUAUAUCGAUCCACCCCUUCCACGGAUUGUCGCGCGCGUUUUCCCCACCAGCCCUCUCCCCUCCUUCUUUCUCUUCCCAGUUCGGUAGGCGCCACCCUCCGCCCUCAGUUCGGAUUCCUUCAGCUCUCAGCGUCGACCGGCCGGGCUAUCACUCGGCCCGGGCCAUGCCAUGCCCGAGGCCACUGCCGGUUCUUCCGGGAAGUCGUUCCUGCAGCGGGCUCGCGGCAAAGUUCUCCGCUGGCUACGACGCUCCCUGCGGACGACGCACCAGAUCGACGGACAUGCCGCGGAAACGGGACCGGAGCUCGACGAGGAGAUGGAAAAGGUUUUUGCGAUGGAUGCCGGAGAAAAGUUCGACGUAGCCCGGCUUGGAUCGCCCUCGGAGUCAGCUGGAUCAGAUCGAGAUCGCGAUCGCGGACCACCCCCGCGAUAUGGCGGCGAUCGUGAUUUCAAUCAAUAUCGUAAAAAGAGCUACCCGCAUCCGCACAUGCCCCUGAAGAGUCUACAUUCCAGAUCUAUGCGACGACACCUUUCACCUGAAGGAUCGACGGCGGAAGUGCCCACCGAGGAGGACCAUGGCAAUAUCCAGGCGAGGAAUAAUGAGAUCCAGGAAGUCGAUGGGAUGAACCGUAAUGGAUUGCGAUCAAUCGUCACAGCCGAGGCCGAGGUCGAUGACGACGAAGAAACGAUGGAGGAAACCGAAAAUGUGGGCAGCAGCGAGAAUGAGGCGCCGAUCUCAGAAAGGGCGGCCUCUGGUUUCAGCGAUAGUCCAACCAUUGGUAGUCCGAGAGUGCAAUUCGAGAGGAUUAAGGAAGAAGAUCCGUCGGGCGUGCAAACACCGGAAGUACCGAUGGGCACUACUCCGAGUGGCCACGAAGAAGAUCGAAGUCGCCGGCGACAUCAAAAACAUGAGCAUAAACGUCACCAUCACAAAUCUCGCAAAUACUCUCUGCAGGAGGACCCACAAUGGCGAAAGCGAUCGGGAGCCGGUCUUCCAGACAGUUCGAGCCUACUGGCACGACGUGUGAGCGUUCAACCGGAAGAAGCAAGCACCCUACAGGAACUUGAUAUUGAUGAUUUGGAGUCGCAUCGCAGUGACGAUCCGCGCGGCAUGCGGCGGCACAAAGCCGCCCACUUAACGGUACAGAUCGGCCGACGGAAAGAGGGUGGCAUCCCCCAUGACACCUUCAAGAAGAUGUACGAUCACUCGCCGCACGAGGUAUUCGUCCAGCUGGACGAAUUGCACGGCCUCGGCGAGGAGCGUGAGUGGCGCGAGACCGCCAGGUGGAUUAAAUACGAGGAAGACGUUGAGGAGGGUGCUGACCGAUGGGGAAGGCCUCACGUGGCUUCCCUCAGCUUCCACUCGCUGUUGAAUCUUCGCCGUUGCCUAGAGACCGGUGUGGUCCUCCUCGAUCUCGAGGAGAAGGAUCUGCCUGGAUUGGCCUACAGGGUGGUCGAGCAGAUGGUCAUCGAAGAGCUCAUUCUGGCCCAGGACCGACCGGUCGUAAUGAGGGCGCUCCUUCUUAGGCACAGACACGUACACGAGCACGAGCGCGGUUUUCGAUUCGGUGGCAAGAGGAGCUAUUCCAGUUAUACCAGCCUUCAGAAUCUGCACGACGCGAAGCCGAAGAUUGUGUCAUCGAAUCUAGCGCUCGACAGUAAUCACACAGUGGUCGAUAUCAAAGAGGAGCUAACAUACAUGAGCAGUAGUGAGGAUUUGAAGAAGGGCCACAACGAGUACAUUCUCAAAAGAAUUCCAGCCGGUGCCGAGGCGACAGUCGUACUUGUCGGCGCAGUCGAUUUUCUGGAUCAGCCAACGAUUGCCUUUGUACGAUUGGCCGAAGGUGUAUAUAUGCCGUCCAUUACGGAAGUCACGAUACCGGUCAGAUUCAUGUUUACUUUGUUGGGGCCGAGAAAUGCAGAUCUGGACUAUCACGAGAUCGGCCGUUCGAUCUCUACCCUGAUGGCAAACACAUCGUUCCACAAGAUCGCUUACAAAGCCAACGAAAGGCGAGAGUUACUUUCAGCUAUCAAUGAGUUCCUUGACGAUUCAAUUGUACUGCCACCUGGCGACUGGGAGAGACAGGCCCUGCUACCAUUUGACGAACUCAAGGCGAAAAGCGAGGCCAUUAGAAAACGGAAGGCGAAAGCGCUCGAAGAAAAGAGCAAACCGGUGCAAAGUGAGGCAGCCGUAAAGAAAGCUCUUCUCGCCGGCGAGGAAGAAAAGAAGCCACCUGAGGACGAUGACGAUCCGUUGCGACGUACCAGACGACCAUUCGGCGGCCUCAUCAAUGACAUUAAACGUCGCUAUCCUUUCUAUUUAUCUGAUUUUACGGACGGCCUGAGCUCGUCCUGUCUCGCGGCGGCCAUCUUCAUGUAUUUCGCCGCACUGUGUACCGCUAUCACCUUCGGCGGCCUUUUGAGCGACAAAACGCAUAAUGUAAUAGGUAUCUCCGAGACUCUGGUCUCCGGCUCGUGGACGGGCGUGAUAAUGGCACUAUUUGCAACUCAACCGUUGGUGAUUAUCGGCACGACCGGUCCGCUGUUGCUCUUUGACGAGAGCUUGUACAACUUCUGUUUGGCGAACGAGCUCGAGUUUCUCACCGUGCGAGUGUAUGUUGGCGCCUGGAUGGGUAUCAUUGCUCUGGCAAUCGCUUCCGUUGAAGGUUCGGUCCUCGUGCGACUUUUCACGCGCUUCACCGAGGAGAUUUUCACGGGACUGAUCUCUAUUCUUUACAUCGUUGAGACGUUCAUCAAGCUUUACAACUAUUUUGUCCGUAAUCCUCUUCUUCACGAGUAUAACUUCGGGCCGGGCCUCAAUGAGACAACUUAUCCACUUUAUAUUACCGAAAUGAAGGUCACCAGAUCGCCAUGGAACGGGACCGAAGAAAUUUUGCGCUUGAAAAACGUUCGCGAACUAGUGCCGAGCCGCGACAUGGCCGAAUUGUCGAUUAAUCAGCCCAAUACAGCUUUGAUGUGUACUAUACUUUGUUUGGGUACCUUUCUGGGUGCCUAUUACUUAAGGAUCUUUCGUAACAGCCACUAUCUGGGCCGUAGCGCUCGUAGAGCCUUCGGAGAUUUUGGUGUGCCUAUUAGCAUCAUCGUCUUCGUUCUGAUCGACUAUCUAUUUAUGGUAAAAACGGAAAAGCUGCUAGUUCCCGAAGGACUUUCCCCAACUAUACCCGGUAGAAAUUGGUUCGUGUCUCCCGCUGGAUUCGAGAAACCUAUACCGCUUUGGAUGGCUUUAGCUUGUGUGGUGCCAGCCUUACUAGUUUACAUCCUAGUGUUUAUGGAGACUCAAAUAUCGGAAUUGAUCAUUGAUAAAAAAGAACGUAAGCUGCGAAAGGGCAAUGGCUAUCAUAUGGACAUCGUGGUAGUCUGCCUGAUGAACGUGGGAUGCGGGCUGAUGGGUGCACCUUGGUGUUCCGCCGCGUCAGUGCGUUCCCUCACUCAUGUAUCCGCCGUGACAGUGAUGUCACGCACCCACGCACCUGGUGACAAGCCGCACAUCGUCGAAGUAAAAGAGCAACGAGUGAGCGCUCUCCUUGUCGCCAUACUUAUAGGCGUAAGCGUGCUGAUGGCACCUCUGCUGCGGCGAGUACCGAUGUCCGUCCUUCUCGGUGUGUUCCUCUACAUGGGCAUCUCGUCGACAAACGGCGUGCAGUUGUUUGACCGCGUUAAGCUUUUCAUGCCGGUCAAGCACCACGGUACAGCGAACUACGUACGCCGCGUGCAAACCUACAAGAUGCACAUCUUCACUUCCAUACAGAUCCUGUGCCUAGCCGUAUUGUGGAUAGUUAAAAGUACAAGGGCCGCCCUGGCCCUACCCUUCUUCCUCAUCUUAAUGAUACCGUUACGCGCUCAGAUGAGUCACUUCUUCACCACCGCGGAGCUGCGCGCCCUCGACAGUAAGGGACCCGAACAUGAAGUUGAAGAUGAGCUGGACUUUUACGAGGAAGCUCCUUUACCUGGUUAGAUUGUGCCUUAAUCGACUACUCCAUAUCACGGCG